GGGGCCUGAGCGAGGAACCCGAGAGCGCGUUCUCGCCACCGGAUGACGAGUUGCAGGAUAACAUGGAGUCGGGCAAGAUGGCGCCUCCCAAGAACGCUCCGAGAGAUGCCUUGGUGAUGGCACAGAUUCUGAAGGAUAUGGGAAUUACAGAGUACGAACCAAGGGUUAUAAAUCAAAUGUUGGAAUUUGCUUUCCGAUACGUGACUUCAAUUCUGGAUGAUGCAAAAAUUUAUUCAAGCCAUGCUAAGAAACCUAAUGUUGAUGCAGAUGAUGUGAGACUGGCAAUCCAGUGUCGGGCUGACCAAUCUUUUACCUCCCCUCCCCCAAGAGAUUUUUUACUGGAUAUUGCAAGGCAGAAAAAUCAAACCCCUUUACCGCUGAUUAAGCCAUAUGCAGGACCCAGACUGCCACCUGACAGAUACUGCUUGACAGCUCCAAACUAUAGGCUAAAGUCCUUGAUUAAAAAGGGACCUAACCAAGGACGACUAGUUCCACGGUUAAGUGUUGGAGCUGUUAGUAGCAGACCCACCACUCCAAGCAUAGCAACCCCACAAACAGCAUCUGUCCCAAAUAAAGUUGCACCUCCAGUGUCAGUGACAAGCCAAAGAUUCACGGUACAGAUUCCACCUUCUCAGUCCACACCUGUCAAACCAGUUCCUGCAACAACUACAGUUCAAAAUGUUCUGCUUAAUCCUUCAAUGAUUGGGCCCAAAAAUAUCCUUAUUACCACCAACAUGGUUUCAUCACAGAACACAGCCAAUGAAUCAAACCCACUGAAGAGAAAACAUGAAGAUGAUGAUGACAAUGAUACUAUGUAAGAAAUACAAUGUAGUCUCUAUGCAUUUCAAACUUGUAGUUGGUUCUGAAUCCAUAUACCAAACUAGAACAUUCUUGAUCUCAAGUUUUAUCUUAGAAAACUUAAAUGUAGCUGCAGUAUUUUUCACGUUUGUUUAAACUAUUAGAUUUCUUAAGGGUACCAAUGUUUUUUCACUAGGCUUAAAGUAUAAAAAGCUAAGUGCUUGUUUUUUAAUGGUUUCAUUCAUGUUGACUCCUGCUACAGUAAUUCUAUUUUUGGAAACAACUUUCUGCAAUGUAUCUGAGGUAGCACUUAAGUUUCAGUUUCUAAGCCUGAUCAAUGGACUAAUAUUUAAUAGCCCAAUUUCUAAUCUAUAUUUAAAUACUUCUUUUGAAGAUGAAAUAGUCGCUUCUGUCAUCACAUGCUUUUUUGACCAAAUCUCUUAAUUUAGCAAACAUUUUUUGGAGGGCAUGAAUUUAAACGGAUUCUGAAUUUAUUUUGAAUAUAUUUAAACUGUAAUCUCCCACCUCCUCAGCCCCAUUUCUACAUCCUAUUCGUUUUCUGCACUACCUCCUCUCCACAGGCUUAGGUUUCUCCCUAUUGCUCUUUAAAACUGGACUGUUAGGAAUAUAACUCCUGAUAAUAUAGUUGUGUCAUUUUUAAAACUUGCUUCACAUGCCUAAUGGUCUGUGGUUUACUUUAACUGGAAGAUUUACAUUUGCUGUUUUUCUCUCCAUAUCAGAGCAGUUGUUUUAUCCCUUGCCUUUUAUGCCCUUUGAGCAUUCCUCUGCUUUUAACAGGUAGUUUCUGGGUCAGUUAUAUUCAGUUUCAACCUUAUAUUCCAAGUUGAUAACUCCACCGUAUUUCACAUUUCAAAAUUUAACACAGAAGAUGGUAUAGCUUAAAAUCUGCCUUGAUAAGUAUAUUUACACUGGACCUAGGCAAAACCACUGAAGAGCAAAUGUUUUCUUCCUUUUUACCACCUGCAUAUAUGUUUUGAUCACUACUGCUUGAACCCUACUAUUGGUAUAAUGCAGAUCAAUUUUUAGCUUGUUGCUGAGAAUGUCACACAUAAGAUGGGAUCACACCUGAAAGUUUUCUAAGGGUUUUCCUUCCUAUAGAAGGCCAAAGCAAACAAAUUAGUGUGAUGUGACUUGCAUUUAGGUGUACUCUGUAUAGGCUUUCCAAUAAUAUUGCCAAAUACCUUUCCCUAUUUUCCACUUGUACACAUCUAAACGCCUUAUUGGGAAAAACUACAAAGCUUUCAAAAACAUAAACAGGCUUGUGUUGUUUUUGUUAAGUGACAUAUUCAACAUAGGAAUACUUUUGUAAAACUUCUAAAAUAAAUUUUCAUAUCACAAUUUAGAACUUAUAGCCAAAGAUCCUCAAAACUUAAGACACAGGUUAAGUUUCAUCUUAGGAUGGUGCUUGAUACAUCAAAGAAAAAUAGUCCAGUAACAUGGAAGAAAUGUCUCAUCAAAACUGUGAUUCAGUGAUUUUGGAUAAUAGGAAAAGGUGAUAUCAAACUUAUAAAAAUAGAUCUGAUCAUCAUAGGAGAAAUGUUCAUUAUGUAGCGUAGGAUGUCAUUACUUGAAUGUUCUCAGGGAGGCAGCAUGUCAAAGGCCUAGGUUCUAGUCCUGGCUCCAUCACUAACCAACUGUGUGACCUUAUUUCACCCAUGAGCCUUGUUCUCACUAGUAAUAGGAAACUGACACCAACCCUGCCUACCUCACAGGGAUGUUGUGAGGGUUUAAUUGGUAUAUGACAAAGUUCUUUCAGAAUUGUAAAAAUGCUAUAUAACUGAGGAAUUGUUAACAUAUUUGUUCUAAGAUUAUUAAUAAAAACUUGAACUUA